AUGUUCGUAUCGCACCAGUGGUUUUCAAAUGACCACCCAGAUCCAUCAGGUCAUCAGUUCAAAGUUCUUCAAGGCGCUCUACGUAACAUCAUGUCCGGACAGAGCCGUGUCUCCCUCCCAGUCACGGCAGAGCUGUUCUAUGGACGCUUGAAGACGCCGGAAGCUUCUGAUUUCAAAUCCGGGCGGCUGUUUGUUUGGUAUGAUUACUUCUCCUGCCCACAGGGGGCGAGUGAUCUAGACAACAUCGUGACCUACGUCUCAAGGUGCGAGUACUUUGUCAUCUUAUGUGCCGGCCUUUUUACGUUGGAGACCGAUCGUGCUCGAGUCGGACGUGUGCUUGUACAGAUGGUCUGGAAGAAAUUGCAGUACUACCUGGAACAAGGUGAUCUGCACAAUUUCCGGUAUCUCUUGAGCACGCAAGAUAUUUGUUGCCUGUCCGGGCUCGGUUUUCUUCCGCUCGAGGGCUUGAUGCCCGGAUUCGUGUCGCAAGCGGAUCCUUUCGCCUAUCCGGAGGCCUUUGCAGUGGAACGCUUUUUGCAUGACACUGGCUUUAAGGCGGUUUCUGAGCGAGAUCCGGCAGGGUGGACACCAAUGUGUUAUGCCGUACUUUCCGGCAAGCAAUUCUUGGUGGAA